AUGGCUGCUGCCAAGCCCCUCGUGGUCGUCAUCGCCUUCCUACUCGCUGCUGCUGCCACCGUCCCCUUGCCUGACGGUGGUGGGGAGCUCCCUCCGUUCACGCUCCUCCCGGCUGAACCCCCUGCCGUCUCCUUGCCUGAUGGUGGUGGGAACAACCUCCCGUUCACGCUCGUCCCGGCUGACCGCGCUGCCGCUGGGUGCCGCGGGUCCGUGGGCAUGUGCCCGGCGAGCGACGAGGUGCGUGGCCUCGGCAAGGGAGCAGGGGCUUCCACCAUGUCGGCCGAUCCUGAACGGGUCCGGCGGCGGGUACAUCACCAACAGCGCGACAGCGUGCCGUGCUCGCGCCGCGGUGCCAGCUACUACAACUGCCGGCCCGGUGCCCAGGCCAACCCCUACCGCCGCGCCUGCUCCCGCAUCAAGCACUGCCACGGUUGA